AUUUCGUAUACACACUCGUGAAUACAUGUGUGGUAUUUAGUUACCUAUACAUAUUUAUAUACGUAUAUGUAUACACAGUCCGGAUUAUAAUGGGGGAUAAGAUUAUUUCAGAGUUGCACACUUGUUGAGUCUCUUGCAUUGUGCUUACAAUACCCGUAAGCGUUGAGUAAUUUGAUUAAUUUCGUUCAGACUGAUUUUUCUUCACAAUAAUAUUUUUAGAAGAAAUAAAACCAUGUCUGCUGGAAAUUUAGCAUUAUUGAGUGUAUCCGAUAAAACAAAUCUUUUACCAUUUGCUAAAAAGUUACAUGAACUAGGUUUGUCUUUAGUUGCAUCUGGUGGAACAGCAAAAUCUUUGAGAGAUGCUGGUCUCCCAGUGAAAGACGUAUCUAAUAUCACUGGUGCACCUGAAAUGCUUAAUGGAAGAGUCAAGACUCUUCAUCCUGCUGUUCAUGCUGGUAUACUAGCUAGACUCACAGAGUCAGAUCUGCAAGAUCUUCAUAAACAAAAUUAUCAGCUCAUUCAGCUUGUGGUAUGCAAUUUGUAUCCAUUUGUAAACACAGUUACUAAACCAGAUGUGACAAUUGAAGAUGCAGUAGAAAAUGUAGAUAUUGGUGGAGUAACUUUGUUACGAGCUGCUGCUAAAAAUCAUAGUAGAGUAACAGUUAUUUGUGAUCCUAGUGAUUAUGAAAAAGUUGGGAAGGAAUUAGAAUCAUCUAUUAACAAAGAUACUUCGUUGGAAACUAGACAAGUAUUAGCACUUAAAGCAUUCACUCAUACAGCAGAGUAUGAUAAUGCUAUUUCAGAUUAUUUCCGUAAACAAUAUAGUAGUGAGGUUUCUCAAUUGACAUUAAGAUAUGGAAUGAAUCCACAUCAGAAACCAGCACAAAUUUUUACAACUUUAGAUAAAUUACCACUGACUGUAGUAAAUGGUUCCCCAGGUUUUAUUAAUCUUUGUGAUGCAUUAAAUGGUUAUCAGUUGGUGAAGGAGUUAAAGGCAGCUUUAAAUUUACCAGCUGCAACAUCUUUUAAACAUGUUAGUCCAGCUGGUGCAGCAGUUAGUGUACCACUGGACGCUGUAGAAGCAAAGUUAUGUCAAGUAGAUGACUUAUUACACCAACUUACACCACUAGCAACUGCUUAUGCACGUGCACGAGGAGCAGAUAGAAUGUCAAGCUUUGGAGAUUUUAUUGCAUUAUCUGACACAUGUGAUGAAGUUACUGCUAAAAUCAUAUCUAGAGAGGUCUCUGAUGGUAUUAUUGCACCUGGCUAUUCAGAGGAUGCCCUUAAAAUUUUAAAGAAGAAAAAAAAUGGUGCAUAUUGUGUUCUUCAAAUUGAUCCAAAUUAUGUACCAUCUCAAAUGGAGCGUAGAGUUCUGUUUGGUUUAACUAUGGAACAAAAACGUAAUGAUGCUGUUAUUGAUAAAAAUACAUUUUCCAAUGUAGUAACCAAACAUUUGACAACCAUUUCUGAUAGUGCUAUGAGAGAUUUAAUUGUUGCUACUAUUGCUUUAAAGUAUACCCAAAGUAAUUCAGUUUGUUAUGCAAAAGAUGGGCAAGUAAUUGGGAUAGGCGCGGGACAACAAUCAAGGAUUCAUUGUACAAGACUUGCUGGUGAUAAAGCUGAUAACUGGUGGCUUCGACAGCAUCCCAAAGUUACUAGUAUGAAGUUUAAGAAAAAUGUAAAACGAGCAGAAAUUUCGAAUGCUAUUGACAAUUAUGUAAAUGGAUCUAUUGGAAAAGAUAUGGAUGAGGCUACUUGGGCAGAAAUGUACGAGGAAGUUCCACAGAAACUCUCAGAAAAUGAUAAAACAGAAUGGAUAAACAAAGCGGACAAUGUUGUUUUAAGUAGCGAUGCCUUUUUCCCAUUCAGAGAUAAUGUGGAUAGAGCUAAAUUGUUAUUUAAUUACAGAGUGGCGUCAAAUAUAUUGCAAGCCCUUCUGGUUCUGUAAAUGAUAAGACAGUAAUACAAGCUUGUGAUGAACAUAAAAUGGUAUUAAUUCAUACUAAUUUGAGAUUGUUCCACCAUUAAGUAAAAAAGAUAUGAUUCAACAAUUGCUUUAUUGUUUAAUUAUAUCAAAGCAUUAUACAUUAUGAAAACCAUAUCGUCUAUAGUCCAUUAUAGUAAUGAAGAAAUAGUUUUACAACAUAAUAAA